AUGAUUGUCAAAAACGCACGAGCGGGUAUGCUAAGCAAUUUUGAAGUGCUUGCCCUUGUCAAUGAGCAGCAAGAAUUACAACGAGCGGCACAAGAGCGAGAUCCCAACCUUGAAUUCCCGGAGAAUCUGAGGACCAUUCAGUUUGAGUUGACAGGAUACUUGAACAGCUCACCUUGCAAUACUCAAGAUGUAUCUCAAGUACAGAACUUUUUGGAUGCAUUUUCACAAUACGAGCUUACUGUUGCUGAAAAGUUACAAAUACUCAAUCUACGACCCAAGAGCCCUGUUGACUUAUACCUGUUGAUUGAAGAGUGUGAAGAACGAUUUACUGAAGACGAUCUUGAUGCUAUGCUACAGCAAGUCAUAGAGUUAUUACCUAGAGAUGAUGAUGAAGAGAUGGGAGAGGAGGAGGAAUACCAAGAAUAA